AAUUGAUGCUGUUUACAAGAAGUUUUUUUUGAUGCAGGAAACUACCUGUGUAUAAUUUUGAAGAGCUUCUGUAGAUUUGCUACGUGAAGAUAGCUAAAAGUGGAACAAGCUGCCAUGGCAACCUCUAAAGCCCAACAAUUCCAGCUAAUUGAAGGGAUGGAGCUUCAGAUCACUGUCACUGGGUUACCGAAUGGGAGCAGUGUGAGAGCUGAGUUUCACCUUAAGAACUGCACUCGCACAUGGAUUCUUCAUUGGGGUUGUAUUUACCAAGGAAAUAACAACUGGUUUGUCCCAUCUGAACAUUUCUCGAAGCAAGGUGCAUUGCAGACUCCCUUUGUGAAGAGUGGGAAUGCUUAUGUAGUGAUCCUUGAGUUGCGUGAUCCAAGAGUACGUGCCAUUGAAUUUGUUUUGAAAGAUGGUAGUCACAACAGAUGGUUGAAACAGCAUAAUGGAAACUUCCGUGUUGAGAUUCCCUGGAAUGAUCUGCAUGUUCAUCAUCAGAUACCGAAGAAUCUGAUAGAAAGAAGAGCACAUAAGAUAUGGGACCGGAAGGGCCGACCACAAAGCUCUGCACAUGAACAAGAGAUAGACUAUGACAAUGCAGUAAGAGAGCUCCAAAUCGAGCUCGCUAGAGGAAUAUCUUUAGACGACCUUCAGGCUAACUCUACAGUACCAGUGGAGAAAGAAGUAACCAAUGAGCCACAUCAAACUAUGAACAACCAAUCAUAUCGUCGUAAGCAUGAUGUUCAGAAAUGGUUACAGAAAUAUGCCGAACCAAUCAACAGAAAUGGAAGUGUUCAAAGUUCAACUCUUGUUGAACUCUCCAAGAGAUCUGUAGGGCAAGAAAAUGUAAUUUCACAAAAAAGCUUUCAUGUCAGAAACUACGAAAUCACGGUCCUCCAGAGGAAUGUUAAUGGAGAUUGUCGCUUAUGGGUUGCCACAAACAUGGCAGGUCCAACAGUUCUCCAUUGGGGAGUUGCAAAGUCAUCUGCAGGAGAGUGGUUGAUUCCACCACCUGAUGUGUUACCUGAGAAAUCAAAAUUUGUUCACGGAGCAUGUCAAACACAUUUUACCGAUAUGUCGAGCAGAGAACACUCUUAUCAGUUUAUUGAUAUAAAUUUAAAACGAGGCGGUUUUGUUGGUAUCCAAUUCGUAAUAUGGUCUGGAGGCUACUGGUUAAACAAUAAUGGAACCAACUUCAUUGUAAACCUGAAAUCAGCAGACAGUACGAGCAGUGAUAAGCUUGACGUGGAUGAAAAGUAUAUUCUCAAAUGGUUGCUUGAUGAAAUAUCUGAGCGAGAGAUAGAGGCUGAGAGAUCAUUGAUGCACAGGUUCAACAUUGCAACAGAGUUGACCGAUCGUUGUAAGGAUGAAGGAGAAGGUGGAUGUAUUGGUAUAAUGGUGUGGAUGAGAUUCAUGGCCACUAGACAUCUCACCUGGAAUAAGAACUAUAACGUGAAACCUCGGGAAAUUAGUGAAGCGCUAGAAAGAUUCACCAAUUUGAUGGAGAAAAUAUAUUUGCAGAAACCAAACAAGAGAGAAAUUGUGAGACUAACUAUGGCACUUGUGGGUCGUGGAGGUCAAGGUGAUGUUGGGCAGAGAAUCCGUGACGAAAUCCUUGUUAUUCAGAGAAAUAACCACUGCAAAUCCGGCAUGAUGGAAGAGUGGCACCAAAAGUUGCACAACAACAGUAGCGCAGAUGAUGUGAUAAUUUGUGAGGCUCUCUUAAACUAUGUGAGAUCUGACUUCAGGAUCGAUUCCUACUGGCAUACACUAAAGACUAAUGGUCUCACAAAAGAAAGGCUUGCAAGUUAUGACCGCCCCAUAGUAUCAGAGCCUCGUUUCAGAAGUGAUGCUAAAGAAGGACUCAUCCGUGACCUUACAAUGUACUUGAAAACAUUAAAGACAGUUCAUUCAGGUGCAGACCUUGAGUCUGCUAUUGAUACGUUCCUUUCUCCAUCUAAGGGUCAUCAUGUCUUUGCUGUCAAUGGUUUAUCACCAAAAUUGCAGGAUCUACUGAAUUUAGUUAAGAGACUUGUUCGUGAAGAGAACACUGAGCCCCUAAUAGAGAAGUUAGUUGAUGCUCGCAUUCAGUUACACCCUGCACUACGAGCACCUCGUACGAGGGCAAAAGAUUUACUAUUUCUGGACAUUGCGUUGGAGUCGUGUUUUAAAACAACAAUAGAGAAGAGACUCAUCUCUUUAAACUUUAAUAAUCCACCGGAAAUUAUAUUUGUCAUCUGCGUGGUGCUUGAGAAUCUGUGCUUAUCUACAGAUUGGUACCGUGUCAGCGAGGCUUACAAACCUCAUGAUGUUCAGUGGGCAUUGCAAACAAAAGCGGUUCUUGACCGUUUACAACUAGUACUUGCUGAUAGAUGUCAGCAUUAUUUUACAUUAAUACAGCCUUCUGCAAAAUAUCUUGGUCAACUGUUACGUAUUGACAAGCAUGGGAUUGAUGUUUUCACUGAAGAGGUUAUAAGAUCAGGGCCAGGAGCCGUUCUAUCAACUCUUAUAAACAGAUUUGAUCCUUCUCUCAGGAAAAUCGCGAAUUUAGGCUGUUGGCAGGUUAUCAGCUUGGCUGAUGCAUAUGGGUUUUUGGUUUGUGUCAAUGAGUUAAUUGUUGUUCAGAAUAAAGUCUACUCGAAGCCAACUGUAAUUAUUGCAAGUAAAGUCACAGGAGAAGAGGAGGUCCCUGCUGGUGUUGUAGCUGUGCUGACUCCUAGUAUGAUUGAUGUCUUGUCUCAUGUCUCUAUUAGAGCAAGAAACAGCAAGAUAUGCUUUGCGACAUGCUUCGAUCAGAAUGUUCUCAGCAAUCUGAAGUCAAAGGAAGGGAGAGCAAUAUCUAUUCAUACAAAGUCUACUGGUUUAGUUAUCAGUGAUGGCAACAACUCUGAUGUCUACGUUCGUCAUGUUUAUAUUUCCUCUGUUCCACGGGGAGUGAUCUCCAAGGGGAAGAAGUUUUGUGGCCACUAUGUGAUUUCAUCUAAGGAAUUUACCGAUGAAAGGGUCGGUUCAAAAUCAUACAAUAUCAAAUUUCUACGAGAAAGAGUUCCAUCAUGGAUCAAGAUACCUACCUCAGCUGCUCUUCCAUUCGGAACAUUUGAGAAUGUACUCUCAGAUGAUUCCAACAAGGAUGUAGCACGCAGGAUUUCUACCCUUAAAGAUUCUCUUAACAGAGGAGACCUGACAAAACUUAAGGCGAUUCAAGAAGCUAUAUUACAAAUGUGUGCUCCAAUGGCUCUGAGAAAUGAACUGAUGACAAAAUUGAGAAGUGAAAGAAUGCCUUAUCUUGGUGAUGAAUCAGGCUGGAACCAAUCCUGGGUGGCAAUUAAGAAGGUCUGGGCUUCAAAGUGGAACAAGAGAGCUUAUGUCAGUUGCAAAAAAACUAAGCUUGAUCAUGAUGAGGUCUGCAUGGCGGUGCUGAUUCAAGAAGUCAUAUGUGGCGAUUAUGCUUUCGUCAUUCACACAAACAAUCCGAUCUCUGGUGACUCUUCAGAAAUAUACACAGAGAUUGUGAAGGGUUUGGGAGAGACCUUGGUUGGAGCAUAUCCUGGACGAGCAAUGAGCUUCAUCACCAAGAAAACAAACCUCAGAUCUCCAACGGUGAUCAGUUACCCAAGUAAGAGGAUAGGUCUCUAUUCUAAACCCUCAAUCAUAUUCCGGUCAGAUUCAAACAACGAGGAUCUCGAGGGAAAUGCAGGCGCUGGACUUUACGACAGUGUGAUAAUGGAUGAAGCAGAGGAAGUAGUGGUGGAUUACUCAAGAGAACCACUAAUAAUGGACAAAUCCUAUCAAGUGCGUCUGUUCUCAGCGAUUGCAGAAGCUGGAAAUGUGAUAGAGACACUCUAUGGUUGUCCUCAAGACAUUGAAGCGAAGAAGGAUAUAAAAACAGACGCCGAGAAAGUCCCGCUAAUGGAUACCGUUCUCAUGGCUACAACACAACCAAUCAGAUAUCUUCAUGCUUCGAUUCCUACUACGGUAUCUCGUUCGCCGGCGAUUUAUCAGAUCAGCUGCCGUAGCUCAAGACUGUUGUCCUACCGAUCGACGACUAUGAGCACGUGUUUUCUCAGACGGUCCGAUUUGAGAUCUCGCUUCCUUAAUACUACUUUUCCGAUGAGACAUGGCUUUUCCGUCAGUGCUUCGACAGAGCAGUCUUCAAUUCCUUCUAAUCGGAACCUUAUUGUGGUUAACUCCGUCGUCAUCGUAGCCUUAGCUGUAGCUAAUCGCGUACUCUAUAAACUCGCCUUGGUUCCCAUGAAACAGUACCCUUUUUUCAUGGCUCAGCUCACCACUUUCGGCUACGUCUUGAUUUAUUUCACCAUUCUGUAUACGAGGCGCCGUCUAGGCAUUGUGACGAAUGAAAUGAUGGAUGUACCCAAAUGGAGAUUCGCAAUCAUUGGGUUUCUUGAAGCUAUUGGAGUUGCCACGCUGCAGCAGACAUUUUUGGUGUGGCAGCUGCUUUUUGCUCUUCUUAUUUUGGGCAAGAGGUUUUUGCUUAACCAAAUUGCUGGUUGUCUCCUUGUGGCUGUGGGGGUUGUGGUGGCUGUUUCAAGUGGAUCUGGUGCAGAUACUACGCUAUCUGGUAUUGGCUUCUUAUGGCCUGCUGUAUUGGUAGCAUCUGCUGCUUUUCAAGCUGGUGCAUCUAUCAUAAAGGAAUUUGUUUUCAAUGAUGCUGCAAAGCGUCUUGAGGGAAAGUCACUGGAUAUAUUUGUGGUAAAUUCAUUUGGAUCUGGAUUUCAGGCUCUUUUUGUGUUCCUGUUGUUGCCUUUUCUCUCAAACUUGAAAGGCAUUCCAUUUGCCAGCCUUCCUUCGUAUCUAAAAGAUGGUGCCGGCUGCUUCUUCAAUACUGGAGCGAAGAUUUCUGGCUGUGAUGGUGCCCCUAUACUCCCACUACUCUAUAUAGCCACCAAUCUAGCUUUCAACAUCUCAUUGCUCCAUCUAGUGAAAAUAUCUACAGCAAUCGUUUCCUCUCUCGCUGUGAUGCUCUCAGUGCCAUUAUCGGUGUACAUAAUGUCAAAACCAUUGCCGUAUCUACCGGGAGGAUCAAGUUUGAGCUCAAAUUUCACGAUGGGGUGUAUAGUUCUGUUUCCGAUGUUUGGUCGCCAUUCACAAUCGGUGAUUAUCCCCAAUAACCAGAUUGGUACCACCUCUGCUUCCGCUGGUGAAGACCAUGUCUCUGCCUCCGCAACGUCUGGUCACAUUCCUUACGACGAUAUGGAUGAAAUCCCUCAUCCUGACUCCAUCUAUGGUGCUGCCUCCGAUUUGAUUCCCGAUGGCUCUCAAUUGGUUGCUCACCGUUCCGAUGGCUCUGAAUUACUAGUUUCUCGGCCACCGGAAGGGGCUAAUCAGCUCACGAUCUCGUUCCGUGGACAAGUUUACGUUUUUGAUGCUGUUGGUCCUGACAAGGUGGAUGCUGUGUUGUCGCUGUUGGGUGGUUCUACUGAGCUUGCUCCUGGUCCGCAGGUGAUGGAACUUGCUCAGCAGAAUCAUAUGCCUGUUGUAGAAUACCAGAACCGCUGUAACCUUCCGCAACGGGCACAAUCCUUGGAUAGGUUUCGGAAGAAGAGGAAUUCUAGAUGUUUCGAGAAGAAAGUAAGAUACGGUGUUCGCCAAGAAGUGGCCUUAAGAAUGGCACGUAAUAAAGGUCAAUUCACCUCUUCAAAGAUGUCAGAUGGGGCUUAUAACUCGGGCACAGAUCAAGAAUCUGCCCAAGAUGAUGGCCAUCCAGAAAUAUCGUGUACUCAUUGUGGCAUUAGUUCCAAAUGUACACCAAUGAUGCGACGUGGCCCUUCCGGCCCCAGGACUCUCUGCAAUGCCUGUGGACUUUUUUGGGCUAACAGGGGUACAUUGAGGGAUCUCUCAAAGAAAACAGAAGAGAAUCAGUUGGCUUUAAUAAAACCGGACGAGGGUGUGAGUGUUGCUGAUGCUGCUAACAACUUAAACUCUGAAGCUGCAACUGUUGAAGAACACACUUCCAUGGUUUCUCUUGCCAAUGGGGACAAUUCUCAUCUCUUAGGUGAUCGCUAAAUACUGUGAUAAGAUUCAGAAGUUAGAAAAUCCUUGUAGAAUCAGUUGGUCAUCUCUAUGAACUUAUCUUUUCACCAUCACAUGUAUUAUAGAAACCAUAACCGAACCUCAAAUCAAAUACCAUAUCAGAUUUCUUUGGUUUCAGAGUUUGUUAAUUGGAAUAGUGUUGUUACUUUGCUUGGAACCAAUUAACCAUUGACAAUGGU